UUUAGAGGUAGUGGGUAGUGUAGGUGCCGUGGUAGUGACAGUGACAGUGUAAUUUUGCAUGACAUCACCUGAAGUACCAAAGGAAGCAUGGAAGCUGCAGAACAAAAUAAAAAGCACUUUUCCUCAGUAAAGAAUGUGAUCCUGGUUUUGUCGGGAAAAGGUGGUGUAGGGAAAAGUACCGUAGCAAUACAACUGGCACUUGGUUUGAAGCAUGCAGGAAAAAGGGUAGGUCUACUGGAUGUUGACUUAUGUGGACCAAGUAUUCCCAGAAUGUUGAAUUUGGAGAAUCAAGAUGUGCAUCAGUGCCCAGAGGGUUGGGUGCCUGUGUUUGCAGACACUGAGCAGAGACUUGCUGUAAUGUCUAUAGGGUUCCUACUGCAGAAUAGAGAUGAGGCUGUGGUGUGGCGAGGACCGAAGAAAAAUGCAAUGAUCAAGCAGUUCCUCGAGGACGUGAUGUGGACGGAGCGCGAUUUCCUCGUCAUUGACACGCCACCCGGAACGUCAGACGAACACAUCACCGUCGUCGAGAAUCUGCGACGCUGUGACAACCUGCGUGGUGCUAUCCUCGUCACGACCCCGCAGGCAGUGUCGGUGGGAGACGUGAGAAGGGAGAUCACGUUCUGCAAGAAGACAGGAAUUCCCGUGCUGGGACUCGUAGAAAAUAUGAGCGGAUUCGUGUGUCCUCAUUGCUCUGAAUGCACGAAUGUCUUCUCCAAAGGAGGAGGAGAAGGGCUGGCAGAAGAAGCAAAAGUACCCUUUUUAGGUUGCAUUCCUCUCGACCCAAACCUGACACAAUCAUUGGAAGAUGGGCAAAAUUUCUCGCAGCUCUUCUCCCAGUCACCGACAGCAACAGCAAUCAGUUCCAUUGUACAGAAAAUCCUCAGCGCAGUAGAAGGCAGCUGAAUCUAGAUAGAUUUGAGCGAGAGUUUGCAAAGCAGUGUAAUUAUAUUCAAUGUGUUUCGGGAAUGAUACCUUUAUGUAAUAAAUGAUACCUAUUUUGAAUAAUUACUGUGCAUUCGUGGGCCUCUCUGCAGUGUCUAUAAAUUCAGUUACAUAAUUUAUGCCAGUUGACAGCCUCUAAAUAGAAAAAUUAUGUUCAUGAAGGCAAUCGUGAGUUAUCAAUUCGAAAAGGACAUUUUUAUUUUGUGGCUUUGUACUAAAGGUUGAAGCGAAUGGAAGAUAUGGAAUAUCAAGAGGUAAUUCUGACAAAUGUCGUGGUAAUAUAUAUGCCAAUGGCCCAAUGGUUGGUUUUAAAUAAUU